CAUUUCGUAGAAUCCUAUUAUAACGAUCAUUGCGAACAUUGACAAAACGAACAUCAAUGUCACCUGUUUAGAUUUAACAAAUAUGAAGUAAAUUUUCAGUGUCAUACAAAACAAAGACUGAAAUGAAAUGUCGUUCCGAACAAAAGUACUAGAUUUAGUGGAGGUGUUACUUAGGGUGCCACCGUUGUUUGUAAUUGACGAAAUUUUAAAAAUAGGAUUAGGUCUGUCGGAGCUCACCGAAUAUGACUUAACAGAUAUCGACCAAAAAUUAGGAGACAAUUUAUUAAAUUAUUCAACUCCAAUUCAUUAUGAUCCAACGUUUUACAGAUUUAUAAUCGUUUCUCUGUCUAGGCUGGUAUUAAGUUUUUUAGGAUGUGCUGCUGCAUUGUGUCUUUUUGUUCUGAGCACAAAGUACUUGAUGGUUGUUUACAUGUACCUUAUGUCUGUUGGAAUAGUCUUUGUUUCAUAUUGGACAAAUUUGAGUACAAUGAAGUCAAUAAUGACAUUAUUAAGUGAACCAGAUGUAGUUAAGACCAGUAUCCUUGAGGAUCUACUGUCAUUGAAUAUAUCCAGGCUUUAUGAGUCUUCAAGCUAUGUCACUGUUAUCUUACAGAAUUAUGUAUUGCAAAGUUUAUUCUCAUUUCUUUUUAUAAAUAUUCAUCUUGGACCCCGUUAUCCAUUUGUUCAGAAGUUAAUUCCAGUUGCAUUUUUGACACCAUCAAUUUUAGCAAUAUUACCAAUACCAGCAAACAUUUUAACACAUGCACCAGUUUUUGCUGCGUUACUACCCCUUGCUCUUGUGAAGUUUGUGUUGUGGGCCUCAGUUUUAACUGUCAUUCAAGUAGUUUACAAUGGUUAUGUACAUGCUCGAAAUUUUGUAUCUGAUUUUGGAAUGUCUGCACUUAUUGAAGCAGAAUGGCUUAGAUUAAGUGUGCCUGAAGUUUUAAGAACAUUUUGGUUCUUGAGAGUAUUGGAACACGCAUUAAUAUUCUUCAUGAACGGAACAUGGAAUGAAGUUGACGAGCUUACACCUGCUUUUCGAUUGGUGAAAAACCUAAUGGUAUCAGGUUGUGACACAUUGACCGCCGUUCUGGGUAUAACCAGUGUCGUCUCGUACAUUUGCCAUCACAUCGGAAAAUUCUUUCAGUGGGUUCUACUAACAGAAGACGAUAACGAUAAAAGUAUAGGAACAGUAUCUGCCAUCCUCUUUUACGUACUCGCAUUACAAACUGGUCUAACUGGACUUGAACCGGAAAAACGGUUCGUUCGCCUUUGCCGGAACUUCUGCCUGCUUUUUACUGCACUUUUGCAUUUCAUUCACAACAUCGUCAAUCCACUUUUGAUGAGUCUUAGUGCCUCUCACAAUCCUUCCCUUAAAAGGCAUUUUAGAGCCUUACUCGUCUGUAGCUUUCUAGUUGUAUUUCCGGUUCUACUUCUCUACUAUUUGUGGUCCAAUCACGAAGCCUCUACAUGGCUUUUGGCUGUAUCCGCUUUCAGUAUAGAAGUGAUAGUGAAAGUUGGAGUUUCAUUAUGUAUAUAUUGGCUUUUUAUGAUGGAUGCUAGACGGGAAACAUUUUGGGAAGAGCUGGACGACUAUGUUUAUUAUAUUCGGGCAUUUGGAAACACUGUAGAAUUCUGCUUCGGUAUUUUCCUCUUCUUUAACGGUGCUUGGAUUCUUAUAUUUGAAAGUGGAGGUGCUAUCAGAGCAGUAAUGAUGUGCAUUCAUGCUUACUUUAACAUUUGGUGUGAUGCUAGAGCAGGGUGGUCUGUUUUUAUGAAGAGACGUACAGCAGUUCAUAAAAUCGAAAGUUUACCAGAAGCUGAUGACGAACAGCUCCAGAGGCUGGACGACGUUUGUGCCAUUUGUUAUCAGGAGAUGAGAUCAGCUAAGAUAACGAGAUGUCGCCACUUUUUCCAUGGUGUUUGCUUGAGGAAGUGGUUGUACGUCCAAGAUAGGUGUCCUCUCUGUCACGAGAUUCUCCAUAGCGUAGAAUGUGGUGAACAGAAGAACACCAGCUCUCAACACGUGCAGCAGAUGCAAUUACAAAAUGAAGAAGUGAAUAGGUGAUAGUCUACGAUUUUUUUUGUGAUUUUGUACAUAAAAGAAGUUUCCCAAUGUGUCCACUAAUCGACCAAGUUAACGAGGUAACUGGAGAAAAUCUUAAUGUGAUCCUGCUUGGCAGUAUUUUUGAAGUGGGUUACUUUUGUAUUCAUCCUUGUUGUAGUUUGUAUACAAUAACGUAAAAAGAUUGAUUACGAUUUGUGGACAUAUUGUAUAUAUAAUAUAUAAUAGAAGUUUCAUACUAC